AAAAUUUGUUCAGUCGGGCGGCGGCUGUUGACGCGAUCAGGUCGUUGGCAUCGCGAUUUUUUUGCUCUCUCUUCUCCAAUUCAGCAUUGUCUCUUUAGCAAACCAAAUUUGGCAAGUUUAGAGUCAGAAAAUGGCGAGUAAAACGCUUACCGAAAUCUUGCUCGUUGACUUCCGAUGGAUCGUGGUUGUUCUGUUCCUGCUACCGGCGUCCUUCCUGUACAACUUGUUCUACAGUGUGCGCAGUAAGAUCAUUUUUAAGCUGCAUUCGGCACCCAGAAGCCACGACGCCAAAGUUGCCGGCAUCCAGAAACAGGUCCGAAAAUGGAAAGAAUCCGGUGGCAAGACCAAGAUGUGCACGGCCCGUCCCGGAUGGCAAACGAUGAGCUUCCGCAAGCCGAUGUACAAGAAAACCUCCUAUCAAAUCAACUGUAAUCUCGUCGACGUGCUCGAUGUGGACACCAAGCGGAAGGUGGUCCGGGUGGAACCUCUCGUCAGCAUGGGACAACUAUCGGAAACUCUGGCUGCACUGGGAUGGACUAUCCCGAUUGUUCCGGAACUUGACGAUCUGACCGUUGGAGGCCUGGUAAUGGGUACCGGCGUGGAGUCUAGCUCUCACAUCUACGGACUGUUUCAGCACAUUUGCCUGUCUUACGAAUUGGUUCUGGCCGACGGAAGUGUUGUGAAAUGCUCCGAAAACGAAAACAGUGAUCUCUUCUACGCUGUUCCGUGGUCGUACGGUACCCUUGGACUGUUGACGGCCGUUGAAAUCAUGAUCAUUCCGGCAACAAAGUACAUCCGCCUGCAUUACGAACCGGUGGUUGGACUGCAGAACGUCGUGGACAAGUUCGAGAGUGCCUGCCGAGACACCAAGAAGAACAAGUACGUUGAAGGACUGCUGUACACGCUGGACGAGGCCGUCAUAAUGACCGGCGAAAUGGUUGAGGACAGUGAGGUUGAACCGGACAAGGUCAAUGAUAUUAGCAAGUGGUACAAGCCGUGGUUCUUCGUGCACGUGCGUGAUAUUCUGAAGAAGCGCGAAAAGACUUACGAGUACGUGCCACUGCGAGAAUACUACCACAGGCACUCGCGGGCGCUGUUUUGGGAAAUUCAGGACAUAGUCCCCUUCGGCAACAACAUAAUCUUCCGCUACCUGUUCGGCUGGCUGCUGCCGGUCAAGGUGUCCCUGCUGAAGCUCACCCAAACGGAAACCGUGAAGAAGCUGUACGAAAACAACCACAUCAUCCAGGACUUGCUCGUUCCGACUAGCACCAUGAAGAAGUGCUGCGAAGAAUUCGACCGCCUCGUGAACGUGUACCCAGUUUGGCUGUGUCCGUUCCUGCUGCCCAACAACCCUGGCAUGCUGCAACCGGCCAAGGGAAUGACCAGCGAUCUGUACGUGGACAUUGGUGUGUACGGAGUGCCGAAGGGUCGUCGCUUCCAACCGGUGGAGACAACCCGCGCUGUUGAGGAUCUGGUCGAGCAGAGCAAGGGAUUCCAGAUGCUGUACGCCGACACUUAUCGUACGCGUGAGGAGUUCCGACGCAUGUUUGACCAUGGACUGUACGAUAAGAUGCGCAAAAAGUACAACUGCGAGGGAGCCUUCCCGGAGGUUUAUGACAAGGUUAACAAGAAUGUUCGAGAUUAAAAAGUGUUUGGAAGAUAUUGUUUAUGGGAAAUAUAUUUUUCAUCUUGACCUUUUUACAUACUAAGGGCUUGCUUGCGUAUUUAGCAUUUAUAAAAAUUCUACUGUGAAUUCCACUGUCAUGUGUUGUAGGUUGUAGAGUUGUAAUUUUCCUUUCAAUAUUGUCCUCAAGACAGUGAUUUAUUCGUCUUACAAAACUAAAAGCUAUUACCUUGUUAGAACCCAUGUUUUGAACAUUCCAGCGAAAUUUUGAAUAUCCAGCUUUGUUUUGAAGGGAAUGGAAAUUUAAAUACACGACUGCAUCUUCAAACAUGAUGGUUAAGUAGACUUCACAUUCUCUUCUAGCGCGCCAAUAAAACUACUUCAUUUUAACCUCAA